AUGGGAGGGGAGCUGGAGGAUGGGAGGAGCUGGGAUGGGAUGGAGCUGGAGGAUGGGAGGAGGGAGCUGGAGGAUGGGGUGGAGCUGGAGGAUGGUAUAGAGCUGGAGGAUGGGAGGGAGCUGGAGUAUGGGAUAGAGUUGGAGGAUGGGAGGGGAGUGCAUAACUGUAAGGGAGUGCAUAACUGUAAGGGAGUGCAUAACUGUAAGGGAGUGCGUAGCUGUGAGGGAGUACGUAAGGGAGUGCGUAACUGUAAGGGAGUACAUCAGGGAGUGCGUAACUGUAAGGGAGUGCGUAACUGUAAGGGAGUGUGUAACUGUAAGGGAGUGUGUAACUGUAAGGGAGUGCGUAACUGUAAGGGAGUGUGUAACUGUAAGGGAGUACAUAAGGGAGUGCGUAACUGUAAAGGAGUGCGUAACUGUAAGGGAGUGUGUAACUGCAAGGGAGUGUGUAACUGUAAGGGAGUGUGUAAUUGUAAGGGAGUGCGUAACUGUAAGGGAGUGUGUAACUGUAAGGGAGUGUGUAACACUAAGGGAGUGUGUAACUGUAAGGGAGUGCGUAACUGUAAGGGAGUGUGUAACUGUAAGGGAGUACAUAAGGGAGUGCGUAACUGUAAAGGAGUGCGUAACUGUAAGGGAGUGUGUAACUGUAAGGGAGUGCGUAGCUGUGAGGGAGUGCGUAACUGUAAGGGAGUGCUUAGCUGUGAGGGAGUGCGUAACUGUAAGGGAGUGCGUAGCUGUGAGGGAGUGCGUAACUGUGAGGGAGUGUGUAACUGUAAGGGAGUGCGUAGCUGUGAGGGAGUGCGUAACUGUGAGGGAGUGUGUAACUGUAAGGGAGUGCAUAACUGUAAGGGAGUGUGUAACUGUAAGGGAGUGCGUAGCUGUGAGGGAGUGCGUAACUGUAAGGGAGUGUGUAACUGUAAGGGAGUGCGUAGCUGUGAGGGAGUACGUAACUGUAAGGGAGUGCGUAAGGAAGUGCGUAACUGUAAGGGAGGGCGUAACUGUGAGGGAGUGCGUAACUGUAAGGGAGUGCGUAACUGUAAGGGAGUGCGUAACUGUAAGGGAGUGCGUAACUGUAAGGGAGUGCGUAAGGGAGUGCGUAACUGUAAGGGAGUGUGUAACUGUGAGGGAGUGCGCAACUGUAAAGGAGUGCGUAACUGUAAGGGAGUGCGUAACUGUAAGGGAGUGCGUAACUGUAAAGGAGUGCGUAACUGUAAGGGAGUGCGUAACUGUAAGGGAGUGCGUAACUGUAAAGGAGUGCGUAACUGUAAGGGAGUACGUAAGGGAGUGCGUAACUGUAAGGGAGUGCGUAACUGCAAGGGAGUGCGUAACUGCAGCAAAUCGUGUGGCGGACAAGUAGACGCCAGUGGCGCCGGGUACAUCACCACCCCGGGGUACCCUCUGGAGUACCCCCCACACCAGAACUGUCGUUGGGUCGUCACCGCCCCAGAACCCUCCCAACGUGUCGUCCUCAACUUCAACCCCCACUUUGAACUGGAGAAGCUGGACUGCAGAUAUGACUACGUAGAGAUCCGCGAUGGGAACAGCGAGAAGGCAGACCUACCUGAGUUGGGUAAACACUGCAGUAACAUCGCCCCUCCAGCCAUCAUCUCCUCCGGCCCCGUGCUCCUCAUCAGGUUCGUCUCUGACUACGCUCACCAGGGGGCUGGCUUCUCACUGCGGUAUGAGAUCUUCAAGACUGGUUCAGACUGCUCCCGUAACUUCACCAGUCAGAACGGGAUCAUUGAGUCUCCGGGGUUCCCUGAUAAAUACCCUCAUAACCUGGAGUGUUCCUUUAUUAUCAUCGUGCCCCCGGCCAUGGACUUGACCCUGACCUUCCUGACCUUUGACCUGGAGAAUGACCCCCUGCCCGGGGGAGAGGGAGACUGCAAGUACGACUGGCUGGAGGUCUGGGACGGUCUGCCACAAGUGGGUCCUCUGAUAGGACGUUACUGUGGAACUAAGAUCCCUCCUGAGAUGACGUCGUCUACAGGUAUCCUGUCUCUGUCCUUCCACACGGACAUGGCCGUGGCCAAAGAUGGCUUCUCUGCUCGCUACAACAUGACACACAAAGAGGUCAGCAACACUUUCCAUUGCAGUAACGCUUUAGGUCUGGAGUCAGGGAAGAUCUCUGACGACCAGAUCACUGCCUCCUCCUCCUUUUACGACAACACCUGGUUGCCACGGCAAGCCCGUCUUAACAACAAUAACAACGCGUGGACCCCAAACGAGGACAGCAGCAAAGAGUUCAUCCAGGUGGAUCUCCAUGUCCUGAAGGUGUUGACGGGUAUCGCUACCCAGGGAGCGGUGUCCAAGGAGACCCAGAAGUCCUACUACGUCAUCACCUUUAAGCUGGAGGUCAGCACCAAUGGAGAGGACUGGAUGGUCUACCGAUACGGCAAGAACCACAAGGUGUUCCAUGCCAACACAGACUCGACCGAGGUGGUCCUGAACCGGAUCCCCCUGCCUGUUCUGGCCCGCUUUGUACGCAUCAGACCCCAGACCUGGAAGACAGGCAUCGCCCUGCGCUUGGAGCUCUACGGGUGUCAGAUCACCGACGCUCCAUGUUCCGAGAUGCAGGGGAUGCUGUCCGGCCUGCUGCCCGACUCCCAGAUCACAGCGUCAUCCAUGAGGGAUAUCCACGGCUCCAUGGGGACGGCCAGGCUGGUAGCCAGCAGGUCAGGAUGGUUCCCCAGUCCCACACAACCUCUGGCUGGGGAGGAGUGGCUGCAGGUGGACUUGGGGGUCCCCAAGACCGUACGAGGCGUCAUCACCCAGGGAGUCAGGACAGUGGAGGCCUCGGCUGAGAACAGGGCCUUCGUCAGGAAGUACCGCGUGUCUCACAGCCUGACGGGCAAGGACUGGACUUUUAUACUGGACAGAAAGACCAACCAUCCUAAGAUUUUUGAGGGAAACACACACUACGACACUCCAGAGAUCCGUCGGUUUGAGGAGAUAACGGCUCAGUUCAUCAGGAUCUACCCAGAGAGGUGGUCUCCUGCUGGGAUAGGGAUGAGGCUGGAGGUCCUGGGAUGUGAACUGCCAGAGACCACCACUCUACCUGACACUGCCACACCGACCCUGCCACGUGUAGAGGAUACCACCGCUGCCCAAAGAGGUGCAGGCACUACACCUUGGUCUCUCUGUGACUUUGAGUCCAGUCUUUGUGGCUGGAUCCCAGACAGCGUGUCAGAGCUGAGCUGGUCUCUCCACAGUGGCAGCCUCUCGUCUGGUCUCACACCUAGUCUGGAUCUACCACUCUCUCUGCCCAAAGACGACGUGGGUAACUUCCUCCACAUCGAGGCCAGCCCCAGGACAGAGAGGCAGCGAGCCCGUCUGGUGAGCCCCGCUGUGGGGCCUGAGAGAGGGCCGCUGUGCCUGCUCUUCAACUACCAGCUCCAGGGCCCCGAAAACCAGGGCCUGGGGUCCCUCAGGAUCCUCCUCAGAGACAACGACCGGGAGGAGACUCUUCUCUGGGCACUCGGAGGAGACCAGGGGCCCGUGUGGAAGGAGGGACGCACGAUUCUGCCCCAGUCACCCAAAGAGUACCAGGUGGUGAUUGAGGGUUACUUUGAGCACGGAAACAGAGGACACAUCUGGAUAGACAACAUUCACAUGAGCUCUAGUACAGAGCUGGAACAGUGCACACAGCCCUUCGCUGCAUUCCCUCCAGACAUGACUGAUUGGAGACCUAUCGACUUUGGAAAUAAACCACUUUUCAACGGCAGGGAACGUGUGAACGGAGGUUUCCCGUUCCCAGAGUGGAGUACCCCUGGCCCGUCCAUGGACCCCCCUGUGACACAUGUCUCUGAGAAGGACAACUCGUGGCUGUACACCCUGGAUCCCAUCCUGGUCACCAUCAUCGUCAUGUCUUCCCUGGGCGUCCUGCUGGGGGCGGUGUGUGGCGGCCUGCUGCUCUACUGCGCCUGCUACUACAGCGGCCUGUCGUCACGGAGCUCCACCACCUUGGAGAACUACAACUUUGAGCUGUACGACGGGAUCAAACACAAGGUGAAGAUCAACCAGCAACGCUGUUGCUCUGAGGCCUAGGACGCUUUCCUCCGCCGGAAGGCCUAGUCCUUCAAACCCUUGGGCUGUUCCAACCCAAAGACAUGCUUCAUGCUUGAUGACACCGACAUACAGACAGAUACACCCGCCUAGACCCUACCCCCCACCCCUCGGGGGUCCCUUCUCUGCCUGCAGGAGAGGCCCUGAUCAAUCAAAACUUGGGAAUGAACCACACUUACCUGCUAUGAUGCCACACGUACUGACCAGUGGACCACAGUGGUCUGGGCUUGGAACUGAACACUUUCUGUCAGUCUGGGCUUGGCCCUGAACUCCUACUGUCAGUCUGGGCUUGGACUCAAACUCCUACUGUCAAUCUGGGCUUGAACCUGAACUCCUACUGUCAGUCUGGGCUUGGACUCAAACUCCUACUGUCAGUCAGGGCUUGGACUCAAACUCCUACUGCCAGUCUGGGCUUGGACCUGAUCUCCUACUGUCCAUCUGGGCUUGGACUCAAACUCCUACUGUCAGUCUGGGCUUGGACCUGAUCUCCUACUGUCAGUCUGGGCUUGGACCUGAACACUUACUGUCAGUCUGGGCUUGGACUCAAACUCCUACUGUCAGUCUGGGCUUGGACCUGAUCUCCUACUGUCAGUCUGGGCUUGGACCUGAACUCCUCCUGUCAGUCUGGGCUUGGAAUCAAACUCCUAAUGUCCGUCUUGGCUUGGACCUGAUCUCCUACUGUCAGUCUGGGCUUGAACCUGAACACUUACUGUCAGUCUGGGCUUGGACUCAAACUCCCACUGUCAGUCUGGGCUUGAACCUGAUCUCCUACUGUCAGUCUGGGCUUGGACUCAAACACUUACUGUCAGUCUGGGCUUGAACCUGAACACUUGCUGUCAGUCUGGGCUUGGACUCAAACUCCUACUGUCAGUCUGGGCUUGGACCUGAUCUCCUACUGUCAGUCUGGGCUUGGACCUGAACACUUACUGUCGGUCUGGGCUUGGACUCAAACUCCUACUGUCAGUCUGGGCUUGGACCUGAUCUCCUACUGUCAGUCUGGGCUUGGACCUGAACUCCUGCUGUCAGUCUGGGCUUGGAAUCAAACUCCUAAUGUCCGUCUUGGCUUGGACCUGAUCUCCUACUGUCAGUCUGGGCUUGAACCUGAACACUUACUGUCAGUCUGGGCUUGGACUCAAACUCCCACUGUCAGUCUGGGCUUGGACCUGAUCUCCUACUGUCAGUCUGGGCUUCGACUCAAACACUUACUGUCAGUCUGGGCUUGAACCUGAACACUUACUGUAGGUCUGGGCUUGGACUCAAACUCCUACUGUCAGUCUGGGCUUGAACCUGAACACUUACUGUCAGUCUGGGCUUGGACUCAAACUCCUACUACCAGUCUGGGCUUGGACCUGAACUCAUUCUCUCAGUCUGGGCUUGGACUCAAACUCCUACUGUCAGUCUGGGCUUGGACCUGAACACUUACUGUCAGUCUGGGCUUGGACUCAAACUCCUACUGUCAGUCUGGGCUUGGACCUGAACACUUAUUGUCAGUCUGGGCUUGGAAUCAAACUCCAACUGUCCAUCUGGGCUUGAACCUGAACUCCUUAUGUCAGUCUGGGCUUGGACCUGAUCUCCUACUGUCAGUCUGGGCUUUGACCUGAUCUCCUACUGUCAGUCUGGGCUUGGACUCAAACUCCCACUGUCAGUCUGGGCUUGGACCUGAACUCCUACUGUCAGUCUGGGCUUGGACCUGAUCUCCUACUGUCAGUCUGGGCUUGGACUCAAACUCCCACUGUCAGUCUGGGCUUGGACCUGAACUCCUACUGUCAGUCUGGGCUUGGACCUGAUCUCCUUCUGUCAGUCUGGGCUUGGACCUGAUCUCCUACUGUCAGUCUGGGCUUGGACUCAAACUCCCACUGUCAGUCUGGGCUUGGACCUGAACUCCCACUGUCAGUCUGGGCUUGGACUCAAACUCCCACUGUCAGUCUGGGCUUGGACUCAAACUUCUACUGCCAGUCUGGGCUUGGACCUGAUCUCCUACUGUCAAUCUGGGCAGUCAGAGCUGUUCUGCUGCCAGUGGACCAUUCAGUGGACCAUUCAGUGGACCAUUCAGUGGGUGCUGAACGAUAUCAAAACAUAUCAAUCGAAUGCCUAUCCCCAAAAAAAGAUUUAAAUUAAAUUAAACUAGAUUUGUAAAGAAUUAAGAAGAUAUUUUGUUCUUGGUUAUGAUUGAAGUUAGAUAAUGAGUUGCAUUAGGAAGGUUUUAGAAUGUUGAUUCUAGCUCGUCUCGGCCUGCCUUAUGUUUAAAACAGUGUCAUAGACUAUCGUGGACAGUUUUCAGUUCAGUUUUAGGAUCUUAAUUAGGAUCAGCUUCAGUUUUAUCGCCCAAUAGACAUCUCUUGUUCUCGUGCCAUUUUUCUUUUAAACAUUAAUUUAGUGUCAACAGUCAACCACCACCUUCAGUUCAGCUUGUCUGUUAUGGUAUUUGAUGUGUUGUUAUUUGCAGGCUGCUUCCCGUCUGUAAUAGAAGAAGAGAAUGGCGAAGAAAGAAUAAUAAUUUUAUCUAAAGACCUGACACAUAACGGUCGUUAAGUUGCGUUCCUCAAGAAGAAGUAUUAGGAUUGUCUUUUUUUUGUUUUGUAUUUUUGAUUUCUGACUAUCUGAUGAUCUAUAUCACAUGGUGACUGUCUGAUGAUCUAUAUCACAUGGUGACUGUCUGAUGAUCUAUAUCACAUGGUGACUGUCUGAUGAUCUAUAUCACAUGGUGACUGUCUGAUGAUCUAUAUCACAUGGUGACUGUCUGAUGAUCUAUAUCACAUGGUGACUGUCUGAUGAUCUAUAUCACAUGGUGACUGUCUGAUGAUCUAUAUCACAUGGUGACUGUCUGAUGAUCUAUAUCACAUGGUGACUGUCUGAUGAUCUAUAUCACAUGGUGACUGUCUGAUGAUCUAUAUCACAUGGUGACUGUCUGAUGAUCUAUAUCACAUGGUGACUGUCUGAUGAUCUAUAUCACAUGGUGACUGUCUGAUGAUCUAUAUCACAUGGUGACUGUCUGAUGAUCUAUAUCACAUGGUGACUGUCUGAUGAUCUAUAUCACAUGGUGACUGUCUGAUGAUCUAUAUCACAUGGUGUGACGCUCUGUGAAACAUUAUCAUUUUAUUUUUUGUUGUUGCAACCUAUGGAUUGCAGAGAGAGAGACAGAGAGAGGAGGGAGACAGAGAGAGGAGAUAGACAGAGAGAGGAGGGAGACACAGAGAGGAGGGAGACAGAGAGAGGAGGGAGACAGAGAGAGGAGAUAGACAGAGAGAGGAGGGAGACACAGAGAGGAGGGAGACAGAGAGAGGAGGGAGACAGAGAGAGGAGGGAGACAGAGAGAGGAGGGAGACAGAGAGAGGAGAUAGACAGAGAGAGGAGGGAGACACAGAGAGGAGGGAGACAGAGAGGGAGGGAGACAGAGAGAGGAGAUAGACAGAGAGAGGAGGGAGACACAGAGAGGAGGGAGACAGAGAGAGGAGGGAGACAGAGAGAGGAGGGAGACAGAGAGAGGAGGGAGACAGAGAGAGGAGAUAGAC